AUGGCUAUGAUCAACACUGAAGCGGAUUUCCUCCGAGCCUUGAGCGAGCACCCGGAGUGGAAAGCAUCUGUGCGAGCCCAAAUCCUUGGCGAGGAACUGCUGCAACUGCCGGUUCAGUUCCAAGCCUUCGUCCAGCAGCAGCAACAGUUCAACGACCGCAUGCAAGAGUUUGUCGAGCAGCAGCGGGAGUUCAACGACCAACAGCGGCGGUUCAAUGAUCGGUUCGAAGCUCGUAUGGAUCGCAUCGAAGGCGACAUCUCCGUGGUGAAAGGCGGUCACGCACGCAGCAGAGGUGUCGAUGCGGCGCCCGCCAUCGCCGACGAUCUGGGCUUGGAAUACAUCCGAACCGUCCCGAGAGCCGAGCUGGUCGCCAUAGCCCGCGCACUGAUCGAUGCUGACAUCACUGCUGGCGACCGACGCAGUUUUAGAGACGCCGAUCUGAUAAUCGAAGCCGCCAGUGGAGCCGAAGCAGUUUACGUCGCGGUGGAGAUGUCCUACACGGCGGACCGGCGGGAUUUCGACCGAGCUGAGCGAUAUGCCCGGUAUCUAGCGCAGUAUACGGGCGGACCGGCCCAUGCCGCCGUCGCCAGCGUUAGAAACGACCAUGAGCUCCAGAGCCUGAUCGACGCCGGGGACAUUCACUGGCAUCAACUGGCAGAGCGCGAUCUGCAGGCGGCGUAA